UGACGACCUGAACUUACUGUAUCCAGUUCGCGCCCUCAUGCUGGCUCCCAAGGUCCUCCCCCCCCUCGCUCUCAGGCGGUCUGUCUCUUCUCUCUCUGUCGACGUUGGCGAUUCUUCAUCCCUGGUGAUCGCUGCCCAUGGCCCAGUCGCACCACAGCCUUUAGCCCCCCUCCCUAUUUGACGAUCGGUCGCAGAACCUGCGGCCUUUCAUUCGUUUCGAUCGGCACAGGCAGAUCUCCGAGACGGCCCCUCUGCACUGCGACUGAACCCCCCCCCCCGCCUGCUGGGAUCGAUCUGAGACACGAUAUCUGGUCCCCCAUUUCAAGGCCCGUCGGUUGUCCUUUCAUUCGACACCAUGGCGUCGCACACAAAGAAGGACGACUUCUGUCUUGAAUGCCACUGGGAGGCAUUCCACCUGGAUAGAAAAGAGGCGGACGAUUCCUCCGAGGCGCAUCCAGCCCAAUGGAGCUGCCCUGAUGAGGAACACCCUCCUCCGCCUCCUCGUUGUGAUGUGGACAAGGAGUGCCCUGUUGACGAGGAGUGCUGUGAUGUGGACAACUGCUCUCUGACCUGUCCAUCUGUCUGUGAUGGCUUUGUCGACUGCGAGGAAGCCCUCGUAUGCUCUGUAUCACACUGUGACGACGACCAUUGCAAAGAUACUGAACCAGUCUGCUUUGAUGAGCAUUGCUUCGGCCCUGAUGGCAAUACAGACGGCGAACACAGUCUCGAGUCUCUCUUAGGACUGGGAUCUCCUCUCAACAUUGAGACGAACGACUUGCUCUCCUCGACUGCUAUCCCACCAGCCCACGGCGAGCCACUCAAGACAGCGACGCACCCGGUCACAGAUUUAGUUGCCUCUGUCCCGAAUGAUGCCUUCCUCACUCCUUAUACAGCUUCUAUGUCCCACUGCCACACUCACAGUCAUCAACAUUUCCACUGUCAUGAUUUCACCAAAGACGCACACCACAUGAACUCAUGGUUGCCUGUUCAGAACGCAGUCAAUCCAGCAGAUGUGUUUCAUAUGAUGAGCGUCUGCCCUGAUCUGUCUGGAUGCCACCCAUUGCAUACACAUCAAGUGCAGGACUGUCCUGGACAAGAAAAGCCUGCUGAUAGCUCCUCGAACCCGCCUACCUGCUUCCAUAUUCCACACCAUCCGCAUCACCUGCACCACUCGCACCACGCUCAUCCUCAGCCUCACCCACCAAACGAGAUCAAAAGCCCGCCGCACAAUCAUCAAGCCACCGAUCACUGGAAACCAUGCCGUACACAUGUUCAUCGGUGUCGAACGCACGGACACGCGCAUAUUCAUCCGUACGGGCCAUACUCUCCUUACUCGCGCCACUCGCGGUCUAGUGUUAGCUCGCAGUUGAGUCCGGCCGAGACCCCUCCCCCGCUGGAUGGGGGAGCGUCAUCUGUGCUGACCAGUCCGGAAUACUCCCCCGAUACCGAGUUGUACAUCUGCCGCUGGACCACCAAGACAAAUGGGGUAAAAACGCCCUGCGGUGCCGCCUUUGCCGACUCCUGCGGACUGCAGGGGCACUUGGUGGCAUGUCAUAUGGGGACGGUGGAGGGAGCCAAGGGUCUCGGAUACUACUGCUGCUGGGAUGGAUGUCAUCGGCCGGACGAGCCGUUUUCGCAGAAGUCAAAGCUUCAGGGACAUUUCCUGACGCACAGCAAUUAUAAAAAUUUCAAAUGCACCGUCUGCGGGAAGAAAUUCGCGCGACAGGCCACCUUGGAGCGCCAUGAGCGAAGUCAUCGGGGGGAGAAGCCGUACAAGUGUCCUGAUUGCGGGAAGUCGUUUACCGACAGCAGUGAGCUAAAAACGCAUUCUCGGACACACACGGGCGAAAAGCCCUUCAAGUGUACAUACCCAGGAUGUAACUUUCAAACAGGCGAUUCCUCGAAUAUGUCUAGUCAUCGGUUAACGCAUGGCGAACGGAGACACAAAUGCUAUUACCUUGGCUGCACAAAGAGCUUCACACGACAUGACCAGUUAAAACGACAUUUGAAAACUACACACAAAGAUGACGGCACGUCACUCCCCUCCCCGGUGAUGGAGACUUUCGGCCUUGCCUUCCCCGAGGUGGCGUGAGUUAGACAGGCCAGGCGGGCCAGGCGGCCAGAUCGGCGCAGAUCAAUUGCAUAUAGGCAGGCGAUGGGUUUAUAGCGAUGAGACAUGAUCAGAUGGAGUACGGCGAUGAGCGAUGCAGGAUGCCAUGAUUUACCUCAUCUCUGGAGUCAAGAGAACACCUGCACAGCGGGCCGUAGUGGGCCGACUAUAUCAGGUUAAUAAAUUCUUCUACUACUACUACUACUACUACCACUACUACUACUUCGAGUUUUAUUUCC